UAUACUAAUAUGUCUUAUAUAUUUAUUAUUACUUUUUUCUAACUUAAAAUUACAUAUUUUAUAACACUUCACCAAAACACGCAGUCUGUAUUAAGAAUUAUACUUAAUACACAUACGUAAUCUGCAUGAUUUAUGUAGCCAAGGCGAAAAUCACCAACAUCAUAAUUCUUUCAUUACCCGAAAAAGUGUCUUAGCUGGCAACAGACCGCACAGAUGAUCUUGCAGGUGCUCAGUGGAGGCGGGCCCCGAGCGGCGACGUUUCGUAUCUGUCUCCUGAUUCGUCCAGCCAUACACGUGACCUACAAUGGUUGUUUGGCACGCGAUACAUUUCUAUAUUUUAGGUUUAAAGACUCCUUGUCUGGUUAUCUUGCCAUAGGCGCGCGUAGAGAUUUUGGACGAUUUUGCAAUUUCGGCGUUUAUUAAUUUGCGAAUAGCGUUAUUUGUUGUUGUUGCUCUUGUUAUUGUUCUUGUUAUUUGCGAUUUUUUUUUCUAUUAUUGGUUAUUGUGGGUUGUUUUUUUUUUUGUUAAAGACAUUAGAUAUUUUAUUUUCCUUGAUUACGAAUUUAGCGGAAAAUAAAGUAAGUAUAGAUUAAGCUACCAAAUACGAUUUUUAUAAGUAAAAUGGUAUAUUUAUUUCUAGAGUUUUGAAGUAAUUUUUAUUUUACUUUCAAUUAUUCAUUAUGGAAAGAAACCAAUUCUUACAUAGACAGGCAUUAAGCGGUCAAUCUAGGGAGAUAAUAGCAAAUGUUUAUAGGGUUUGCGAUGAAGAAGCUCUAGCCAACGCAUUUAAAUUGCCUCUUAAAAGAAAGAUUGAUCGAGUUGCUCUGUAUACUGGAGUCUCUAAAGAUAGAGUAAGUCAAAUUCAUAAAGAAGAUAUGAAACGACAGGCAGAACAUCCAGAUCAGAUGCUUUCUUCCCCGCCUAAUAAAAAAUCUCGAAUCUGUCUCUUUAGGGAUUUUGACGACUUUUCAAUUAUAAGACGCACAAUCAACAAUUUUUAUUUAGAGCUUAAGAUGGUUCCCACUGUUAAUAAAUUACUUAUUAAGUUACGAGAAAUUAUGAAUUUCCCGUAUAGCAGAGAAACCUUGAGAAAGCUUUUGAAGGCUAACGGAUUUUACUUUAGAAAGUGUCAAAAUAAAAGAAAAAUCUUGGUGGAGCGACCUGCUAUUCUUCAUUGGCGCUAUAAAUAUAUAAGAGCAAUUAGAAAAUAUAGGGAAGAAGGAAGAAAUAUUGUGUACCUUGACGAAACAUGGGUGGAUAAUGACUUAACUUUCGGAAAAUGUUGGCAAAGCAAUGAAGUUUUUGGGGUUGUUAGCAACAUUAGAGCAAAUGGUCGAUUAGUAAUUGUUCACGCCGGAUCUCAAAGUGGCUUUAUACACAACGCUGGUCUUGUUUUUAAAGCGGGUCAAGCUAGUGGCGACUAUCAUGGCCAAAUGAAUAAAGCCAAUUUUACUAAGUGGUUAGAAGAAAAAUUGUUGCCGAAUAUUCCUCAAAAUUCGGUAAUUAUACUGGACAAUGCACCCUACCACUCAGUUCAAGAAAACAAAGUACCAACCAAAUCAUCUAUUAAAAAGGACAUGACAGAAUGGCUCACCAAGAAUGGAAUUCAACACGACCCAGCUGCACGAAAAUGGGAAUUAUUUGAAAUAAUUCAACGAAACAAGCCCCCCAGUGAUGAAAAAAACUAUGUUGUGGACCGAAUAAUUCGGACCCAUGGGCAUGUUGUUCUUCGCACACCUCCAUACAUGUGCGAAUUAAAUCCGAUCGAAUUGGUUUGGGCGCAACUAAAAAAUUAUAUUCGAUCUCAUAAUACAACAGGUGAUUUGGCAAUGAAAAAUUUGGCACAGUUAGUCCAGGACGGAAUUGAGUCUAUAACUCCUUUACACUGGGCAAACUGUUGCAAACAUGUCAUGGAGAUUGAAAAUAAAUUCUGGGAGACCGAUCAAAUAAUGGAGGAAGUCGAACAACUUAUUAUUACGAAUGCUGGUGGUAACGAUGAUAGUGAUGACGAUUCUUCUGACAACGACGAAGAAAGCGACAAAGAAAAUUAUAUACAAGCCUUAGAAAACGUCGACCAAGAACCGGGUUAAAACCUAUUGCUAAUACAUAUGGGAUGUGUGGUGGACAGAGUUAAUCUUUAUUAAUCUGGCACACACAUGUCAGGGUUCUAGAUUGACUUGGCAAAACUAGAAAACUAGUCAAGAGUGACAAAAAUAGGACAGCUAAUUUUUACUUUAAAAAAUAAAAUCCAUAGGGAAAAAAUGGCUAGUUCUUUUUUAUAUUACGGUCUGGUAAUUUGUUUAUUUAAAAUAUUAAUUGUUACAAGUCAGUGAAUAGGCCAAAUACUGCCUUAAAUAUUCUCUUUUUAUGACUGAAAAUGGUAAAGGAAACACAGUGAAAUUUUACUUAAAUUAUUUAAUUCGGAUAGAAAUUCAAAUUUAAAUUUAUCAGCAAAAAUUAUUAAUCCGAAACCAAAUUCGUGACAAAUUUACAAAUAUUAAAUAUUUUCAGGAGGUAUGUUUUAUUUAAUUGACGUUAUCGCGAUUGGACUGUAUUUUUUACCGCUCUUUCGAAUGGAAUCAGUCAUUUUUACCUAAAACCACACAGGAAAAAGUUUUUUUCGAAGCCUUUCUUCAAAUCUGCCAAAAAGACACUAUAAAACUUUAUGGAAUAAAUCGACAAAAUACGUCAACUGAGUAAUUAAUAGUUUCCAAAUGCACUAUUAGUUCUUUGGUAAUGGGUGAACUAUUAAUUUUGUUUGCAAUUUUAGGGCGUUGCUCUACUUAUGGGCGAUAGUGUACAAUUGUAUAUGAUAUAUCCUUUAAUAUAAAUAUAAUUUUACUAGAUACAAUUUUUGACUCCUAAUAUGCGAUUUAAACUUUAUAAAUAUCUAAUUUUAAAACGAACUUCUUGUAUAACCUUAUUAUAAGUUUCAUAUUAUUUUUACUUAAUCAUUGUGUAAAUUAUUAGUCCAUUUUUAACUGUUUCACAUGAAUUUAUCAUAUUUAUUCUAAUUAAAAAAAUAAUAUUAUUAAAUUAAAAAUAAAAUCGCCCGCCACUGCGGCAGCCGAAUUUCUUACACAAUUCGCCUCUGUCCCCUCAGCCGUUGUUACGGUUCUCUCGGUUGUAGG